AAGACCAGAGGAACACCGUGCCAUUGGAAGGUGGCACUGCAACCGAGAUGGCACUCCGACUGGCCCUGGUGUUGCUCCUGAGGGCGCUCCUCGUGCAGUCAAAUGGACAUGACGUCAUUGACCCUGACCAUUCGAGCGAGGGCAGCGACAUCUCCCUGACCCCCGACCAGGCAGCGGCGCUCAACCAGACGGCGAGGGGGACGGCGGGGAACGUACAGGCUUAUGCUGGUGACAUGAAACGGACAAUCGUCGACCCAGACCAUAUUGAUGAGGGAAAUGACAUCAUGCUGACAGCCAAUCAAUCAGCGGCGUUAAACUUGACAGGGAGAAAACUACAGGAUGAGGAGCCUGUGGAAAUCGACGACCUCCUGCUGACCGGCGAGCAGGUAGCGGCCAUCACAAGCAGGAAAGCAGUGAACGAUGUCGCAAAGCACUGGCCUGACCAAAACGGCUUUCCUCACGUGCCUUACACUUUUGAGGACACCUUGGUGGACAGGACAGCAGUUGAGGCAGCGCUGCAGCACUGGAGAGAUCACACUUGCAUCACUUUUACCGAAGUUCCCAACACCUCAACGGGGCCACGUUUUCGAUUUACACGCCAUGCCAGCGCUUGCAAUUCAUUUGUUGGCUAUAUUAAUAGAGCCGAAGGCCAGGUCAUCAACGUGCCAGUAUGGUGUGAACAGUCGUUUGGCAGCCUGGUUCACGAGAUCGGCCACGGCAUAGGCUUCUGGCACGAGCAGUCGAGGUCAGACCGGGACACCUACGUCAGUAUCCUCACACAUAAUAUUCGGCCGGGGGCAUUGGGCAACUUCGACCUCGAGGUGGACAACCCUUGGGGCGUCCCUUAUGAUUACAAGUCGGACAUGCAUUACAGCGGGAAGGGAUUUACCAAGAACGGUUUCAACACCAUCGUGAGCAAAGACCCGCGGUACCAGGACGUUAUGGGUCAGCGCACCGGCCUCUCUCACAUGGACAAGCUCCUGGCCAACACCAUGUACGGCUGCACGGAAAAACUUCUCGGCACGUGCUCGUUGACUUCAGACCCCUGUCAGAACUACGGUUACCUUGGGAAAGACUGCAACUGCGUAUGUCCUGAAGGAACUUCUGGAAGUAACUGUGAAACCCUUGAUACGCCUUACAACGACAUUGGCUUGUCAGCAAAUACCGAAAUCAUCACGGCGCCAACAACCAUCACGACAGAGGGGUAUCCGAAUGAUUUUGCUUUGUACACGGACUUCAUCAAGUGGAUUAAAGCACCGGCGUGUAAGCUUAUAAAAAUCACCUUCACGGACUUCGAACUCUAUGGGGAAACGGACAGAGUUAUCGAUGGAGUGACUGUGACUGCUUGCUGGCAUGACUUCGUGGAGAUCCGCACGAGUAACAUGCUGGAGGGAGAUUGGUUCUGCGGAACGAGCAUAACCGCCGGCCAGGAAUUCGUCACGACAGGGAACGAGGCGAUUAUUUACUUCCAAGCGAGAACCAACUUCAACAAAGGUUUCUCGGCCGAUGUCACUUUCAUUGAUAACCCGUCCUGUACGACCACAAGCACAAGUACAUCAACAAGCACAAGCACAACAUCAACAAGCACAAGUACAACAUCAACAAGCACAUCCACAACUACAAGCACAACUGAAAGCACAAGUACGUCCACAUCUACAACUUCAACAAGCACUUCCACAACUACAACAGAAAGCACAAGCACAUCCACAACUACAACGUCUACAAGCACAACUACAACAAGUACAACUACAACAUCAAGCACAACUACAACAUCUACAAGCACAACUGCAACGUCUACAAGCACAACAACAUCAACAAGCACAACUACGACAAGCAUAAUGACAACUACCUCAUCCGUGUCUUCAUGGGACCCCUGUGUGCGUUAUAUGGAAGAUGGCUAUCUCUAUCUCACAUCGCCAAAUUUCCCAUCAAAUUAUCCUAAUAAUGUGAUAUGUACGCUGGCAAACAUUACGGAUGAACUUGGGCUGGCUAUCAUAGACAUCAAGAUGCUAAGACUGAUACUUGGCGACGUCCUGACAAUCGAGAAUCCUUACACAGCACCACGGAGAAUGAUCUUCCGAUUCCGGCCGAGUACGAUCAUCAUCCCCAGCGCACAGUUCCUGGCAACAUUCAGUUCGAACGCGAGGUUCACGUGGCGAGGCUUCAACCUCCGAGUUCAAGUGAAAAGCGAUACGGGUUGCCACGAGAAACUUUCGGCGACCAACGGAGGCGUCAUCACAUCUCCAGGAUUCCCUAACGCACAUCCUCGAGGAACUUACUGCGAAUGGCAUAUCACUGCAUCGGAGGGGAAAAAGGUCCUGAUCGACGUGACGCAUCUGAGGAUCCGGUUCUCCAACUUCCUGGCUGUGAAUCCCACUACCGAGCUCUAUUACCGUCGUGGCAGUGUGAUUUACCUGCCGCAUCGUUGGUCACCACGGCAGAUCGUCUCGAAUUCGAACCUCAUCAGAAUCUUCUUCGCGGGGAAAUACGGAUCGGGUGGAUUCAGGAUUGAGUACAGCGAGGUCGAAGACAAAUAAUGAUCAGCGGAAAGGGAAAACAGAAAAGGAUCUGUGGAAAGGGAAUAUAAAGCAGGAGCAGAAGAAAGGGAAGAGAAAUGAGAGAGAGAGAAAAAAAAAAAAAAUAAUGUGAGAGAUUCGUGAUGUUCGUUUUCAUGGCCUAUGAGGCUCCAUAACCCAGACCUCAACAUAAAUUUUACUUAUCAAUUUUUUGUUUUAAUAUAUGUGUAUAUAUAUACAUAUAUAUACACAUAUAUAUAUACAUAUAUAUAUAUAUAUAUAUAUAUAUAUAUAUAUAUAUAUAUAUAUAUACAUAUAUAUAUACAUAUAUACAUUUGGUGGUGGAUACACCUGCUUGUAUAUGAAUUGUUUACUCUUUUCAGUACCACUUCAUUUCCCAUUUUCUAAGAACCAUUUUCCUUUUGAACCUCUCACCCACCCAUAUAUUGAAAUCAGUAUUAAUAAAUGUGAUGCUGUUACUGUCACUUAGAAUAAAAAUAUCUAAAUGAAUCUUGGAGAUUUAAAUCCAAAAUAAACUUUAGACAGAAAUAUA